AAAUACAACGUGAUCCUAGGGAGUUUUUCUUUAUAAAAUUGUAAUUUUAAUUUUUUGAUAUUGAUUUAAGUUUGGAUUGGAUUAUGAAAUAUCAAGGAUCUGUUCAUAUAUUUUUAUAAUUCGAAUCGGGUAAUUUGUUCGGUUUAGUUCGGUUUAAUUUUGGUCAAUGUACAAAAAUGCUGGAGCCUCCGGGCCUCGAGGAGAGGAAGGAAACAAAAAGAAAAAAGAGAGAAGUGAAGUCUAGAUCUCUCUUCUUCUACAACCAAGGUUGGUCCGUCACCGGCGAAAGGCGGAAAUCCUCUUCUCAGACGUUAUAAUGCCGUUCAAGACGGUGGAGCCUCCGAGUCUGUUGCGUUACUUGAUCGGAUCGGCGGUGAUGAUGAUCGGCGUCGUAUUACCAGUCGGUUACAUGAUGUUCCGCAACAAGCGCGUCCCUUCCUCGUCUUCCUACUCUAAACAGACGUAGGAACAAAGUUUUGAUUUAGAAGUCCAGAGACUGCGGUUGAAUUCAAUUGGAUCCACAAGGAUGAUGACAUAUUGAUUAUGGGGGGGGAUUCUUGUUUUGACAUGGGUUGCAAGAGAUAAGAGAUUAAAAACCUACAAAAAUAUGAGUGAUUUUUCGUUAAUCUUCUUUGUUAGGUUAUGCAAGGUCUAUUAUGUAACACAACCUCUUCUCUUAGGCUGAAACAUUAUAUAAGACUGAAUUUCGUUCA